AUGAGCAGUGCAUUUAAGCAGCAGAAGCUGCCCUCGUGGUCACCGAUCCUAACGGUGGGCACAGUUUUGCCCACAUUUUUCCUCAUCGGUGUUGCAUUCAUUCCCAUUGGAAUCGGUUUAUUAGUCUCUUCUAAUCAGGUACAAGAGUUUGAAUUGAAUUACACGGCGUGUAAGCAAUUUGCGAACGGAACCGAUGGGCCCAAGAAGUGCUCGGAAGUGAUCGCAAAUCACCCGGAAAUUGAGUGCAAAUGUCGCGUCAAUUUCACUUUGGAAGAGAAUUUCCGGCGAGAAGUAUACCUUUACUACGGUUUGACUAAUUUCUACCAAAACCACAGACGAUAUGUUAAGUCGAGAGACGAUCGGCAACUGUUAGGCGAGAUUAAAGGGUCGACUGAAUGCCAGCCCUUUCAUAAGAGAGACGGCAAAUGGAUCGCUCCGUGCGGUGCCAUCGCUAACAGUCUUUUCAACGACACAUUUCUUGUGCAACGGCUGACAGACAACGGAUUCAAAACAAUACCCAUAAUGGAAACGGGUAUCGCGUGGGCCACAGACGUGAACGCAAAGUUCAGAAAUCCAAAGUUACCCGAAGGAGAGAAGAACCUGUCGAAGGCGUUUGAGGGCACUGUAGAGCCGCCGAAUUGGCAAAACCCUGUGUGGAGAUUGGCUGGUAAUGACAACGACCAGAACAAUGGCUAUCAAAAUGAACGGUUCAUAGUAUGGAUGCGAACGGCAGCGUUGCCCACAUUUCGCAAAAUCUUUGGUCGUUUCCGUCAUGAGAUCAAUGAAGAGAACGCUGACUAUCAUUCCUAUUUACCCAAAGGCCGUUAUCAGCUCAUUGUCACAUAUGCGUUUCCGGUGGCGGACUUUAAAGGGACCAAACGUUUCAUUAUUUCCAAUACUUCAUGGCUCGGAGGAAAGAAUCCGUUCAUUGGUGUCAUGUAUAUCAUUGUUGGCUGUUACGAGUGAAAUAUUAAACGUAACGCAGAGAACGCCAUACAUUGGUUAACAUUCAUGGAUAGUCAUCGAUAGUCAUACUCUAAUAUGAAUUAUACAGAAUAUUUAAAGCACUAUUUUUUAUUAUUAAUUUAUUGUUAAGUUUUAACUAUUGUUAUAAUAAUCUCAAUACUAUAUGAUUAGUCCUCAAAGUCAUGCUAUCAUCGCAUUCCACACUUUGGUCUUUAACUGCUGUGAUUUGCCUUCAAUUUCUAUACAAUCUUAUUCUGAAUUAAACAUUUUUUUAUUAUUUUCAUUUUUACUAUAAUUAACCUUGCUUAAAAAUGCCAUUUGUAUUAAGCGUACGAAUCGAUAGCACAACCAAAUAGUGAAUUCUGUGAAAUAACACUUCAUAGAAAAGUUAUACAAAAUAAUGUUUUUAUGCCAUUAUUUUGCAGUAAAUAAUAGAUGAAGUGAUCGACAAGUGAUCGACAUUUUAGGUGAAAAGAAUAAACCCUUCAAUGCCUUUAUAAUGGGUUUCUAUUCCUAAAUAAACGGAUUCUCGAGUCACCAAAUAGUGAGAAAUAUCAAUAAUAUUCACAUAUUUGUAACUAUUGUCAAACUAGAUUCUAUACAUUCAAAACAAUAUUCUCAUAUUCUGUUCAUUUAUGCCCAUUUGUAGUGAUUUUAUUUGUAAAUUUUGCAAAACAUGAAUAAAAUGAAUAUAUUUCUCCACUAA